UAUACAGACACAUGGCGGAUUUAACCUGAUCUAACCUAAAUGGCAGGGUAGAGUAAUAUAUGGAAAUAUAUCUGCUUUUUAAUUUUGUAAAAAUUAUUUUAUAUAUUUAAGUGACAAUGCCAACAUUGUUUACUUGUGAUAAUUCCGACUCUGAUGGAGAGUUAAAAGUAAAUACGGAUUAUGCUCAGAAUUAUGAUAAUUUUCGUAAAAAGGAAGAACUUAAUAAGUUGAAAACAAAGUAUGGUGUAGAUUUGAAUACUGCUGUAAGUUUAGAUAAAGAAGUUGAAUCCGAUUCUAGUUCCAGUUCUUCCGAAGAGGAUAGCGAAGGAGAUCAAUUAAAUGAACAAUUUGAUAAAGAAUUUUAUAGAACAUUAGCUCGUUUGAAGAAAAAAGAUCCUCUUAUUUAUGAUAAAAAGACAAUAUUUUUUAAUAACAUAGAAGAUCAAGCAAAUGAAGCUGAAAAAAAUGAUGAACAGAAAAAGAAGAAAAAAGAAAAAGCUAUGUUUCUAAGAGACUAUGAACGUAGAAUUAUAACUGAAAGAGAAGGAAAAUAUAGUGACACUGAAGAUGAAAUUGAAAUAGAACAGAAGAAAGAUCCAACAUAUAUAGAAGAGCAACGUUUACUUAAAGAAAGUUUUAAGAAAGCACUUAAUGAUGAAGAUGAAGAUAUUGAACUUUUAAAGCCAAAGGAAAAAAGUGAAACAGAGAAACAGCAGGAAGAAGAAGCUUAUAAAGAAUGGUUAAAAGGACAACAGAAGGAUAUCGAUCCUAAAGAGCAAGAAGAAUUAAAACCGUUGCGUGACUUUUGGAAUGAUCCUAAAUUAGAUCCAAAUGAAAAGUUUUUACGAGAUUAUGUGCUUAAUCAUAAAUUUUUAAAUACACAAUCUUCUAUUGAAGAUUUAAAUUAUAAUGAAAUGGUUCAUGAUAGUGAUGAAAAUUUAUCAGAAGAUGAAAACCAAAUAAAUAAGCAAGAAGAAUUUGAACAUAAAUAUAAUUUCAGGUUUGAAGAACCUGAUCAGGAAUUUAUUAAAAGAUAUCCACGUACAAUGGAGAGCUCACUUAGAAAAAAGGAUACUCGUAGAGCACAAAAGAGAAUAGAAUUAAAAAAAAGAAAGCAAGAAGAAAAAACACGUAAGAAGGAGGAGUUAAAACAAUUAAAGGCAUUAAAAAGGAAAGAAAUAGAGGAGAAAAUAGAAAAACUUAAAGAAAUAACAGGAAAUGAUGAUAUACAUUUUAAUGAUAUCGAUUUGGACGGAGAUUUUGAUCCAGCAGAACAUGAUCGAAAGAUGACAGAAAUUUUUGAUGAAGAAUACUAUGCUGCACCAGAAAAUGAUAUAAAACCUGAAUUUCCUGAUAUUGAUGAAGAAUUAGGGGUUGAUAAAAACUGGGACGAUUUUGAUCCCCAUGUUGAUGAAAUUGUUGAUAAUGAAUAUGAUGCACCACAUUGUGAAGAUCCAGACUUCAAUAUGGAUGCAGAUUACGAUGAGACACAGAAUUUGCAAUCAGAAUUAGUGGAGGGAACAAAAAAGAAAAAACGAAGAAGACGUACUAGAUUCGCUGAAAUUAUAGCAAAAGAAAAACCAAAAUUUGAUCCAAUAAAACAUCCAUCCUAUGAGGAAUACUUUGAUCAGUAUUAUGGGUUAGAUUAUGAAGAUGUGAUUGGUGAUCUACCAUGUAGAUUUAAAUAUAGGAAAGUUGUUCCAAAUGAUUAUGGUUUAACAGUUGAAGAAAUAUUAACGGCUGAUGAUAAAGAAUUAAACAAGUGGUGUUCAUUGAAAAAAGCUUUACAAUAUAAGCCUGAACACGUAGAACAAACACAUGUCAAGGAAUAUCAACGAAAGGCUCAGAAUGAAACAUUGAAACGGAAAAUACUUAAAAGUUUAUAUGCUCCUGAAGAGCCCGAAGUACCUAAUGAGAGUGAAAUAUCAACGAAUGAAACAAAAAAGAAACGUCGACGUAAAAAGAAAAAUUCCAUUAUAUCUAAUAAUGUUACCGCUAAUAAUAUUCUUUCGCAAGAUGUGAAAAAUAGUAAUGAUGAUUCUGUUCAAAUAGUAGUUAGCGAAAAUGUGGAAACAAAAGAAAUUACAGAGGCAUUCCAUAAUGAUGAAAGUACGACACUUACCAAUACUACGGAAUUGAAAAGCAAUAAAAAGCGAAAGCGAAAGGAAAAGGAACAUUCCAGUGAAACUGAAUCCAAGAAAGUAAAAACAAAUGAUAUCAUUAACAAUAAGAUAAUAAAAAAUAUUAAAAAUGUUCAACAGAAUAAUGUCGAAAAAGCAGAAAUAGAUUCGAAGAUUGAUAAAAAAUACGUGGAGAAAAUGGUACCAAAUGUAAAGACAGUUUUUCAUAGAUUUAAUUCGAAUAAAAAACAUACCAUUCAGAAAACAAAGAAAUCCAAAAUAGAUAAAAAGAAAUUUAAAAGGAAUAAAAAGGAUGAGCCAGAUAAUCAAAUAGCUACAUUAGAUGCAUCUAGAUUGAAAAUGUAUGGCAUAAAUGCAAAGAAAUUAAAAAACAAAUUAAAAUAUGGAAAGCAAAAAUUAUAAUUCUUAUGAUUAUAGAAUUAUAAAUUUGUAAAUAAAAUUUUAAAACUGUGUUA